CUCUGCUUUCAUCACACUCGCUCUCUCAGACUCCGUUCCUCCAGCACUUGGCACUGCGAUCAUGCCUCAUUCUCCUCUCCCUCCUCUCUCUCACUCUCCUUCACUCCUCUCCUCUGCCUGUCUUUUUUCAUUCACACGUUCCUUCAUCAAGCGGGUGUUUCUUCCAAAUCAGCACUGCACUGGCCAAGCCGCGUCCCGCUAGUCUUGGACGAAAAGGGUUAAACAAAAAUCUUCCUUUGACCUCUGUCUUCUCAGCACUUUCUUCAGUGGGAACCUGUUUUGAAAGGACAUGGCUUUAUGGUUUCAAUGUUGCUUAUCCUAACCUUGCCUCUCUCUGGAUCUCUCACUUCACGUGAAAGAGUUUGAGACUGUCCUUUUGCUAAAUGUCUGUAGCCGUUUCUGACUGGCGGUCUUACUGCGGUAGUCAGGGAAACCCCCCUACCUUGGUAUCCUAAGGGGGAGGGGAAGACUCACUGAAGCAGAAAAAAAUAGUAGGAUAAAAAUAGAGGAAAAGAAGAAGAAGAAGAAGAAGAAGAAAAGAGAGGAACAGAGGGAGAAGUGGAGCAGAAUCAGAAGAAGAAGACAUCAUUUGUUGUCAGGGAGUGGAACAGCUUAGUGUCCCUAAAGCAGAGAGAGAGUGAAAGCAAGAGUGAGAGAGAGAGGGAGAGAGAGAGCGAGAGAGAGAGAGGAGAGAGAGAAUCACAGUAAGUCACACACAAGCAAUGCUGAACGCAGCAUGUGCCACUGUACAGACUCUGUCACUUUAUGAAGACGACUGUAUUCUCUGAGCACGGGAACCUCCAGGACUUUGCAUCAUCUCUGUUUCUUUGGACACACAGAAGGACGCAGCGCAGAUGAGACAGGACAUCACUGUCUUCUCUAAAACCUGCAAGCUCUGAAUCAGCAUCAGCAAGUUCCAGCUCGGACCUUGUGAAGUUUUUGCCACACAGUCCUCUUCUGCCUCGUUCUGCUCCUGUCCAGGGAUUUAGUCAGUUCACUUCUAGCCAUGCAGGUGUCCUUUGCAUGCACAGAUCAUGGGCUCAAGGCGCCACGGAAUAAUGAGCCAACCAAGCAAAACACAGCAAGUCCGAACACGACAAGUGCAGCCCGGGCUCGGUUCCGCACAGUGGCGCUAAUCGCUCGCAGCCUGGGAUCCUUCACACACCGCCACCACAUCUCACUGAAGGAGUCCACAGGCAAACUAACUGGCAUGAAGUACAGGAAUCUUGGGAAAUCCGGAUUGCGAGUAUCAUGUUUGGGGCUUGGAACAUGGGUGACAUUUGGGGGUCAGAUUUCCGAUGAGGUAGCAGAGCAGCUAAUGACUAUAGCCUAUGAGAACGGGGUUAACCUCUUCGACACAGCCGAGGUUUACUCAGCCGGGAAAGCUGAAAUAAUUCUUGGAAAUAUCAUCAAGAAGAAAUGCUGGAGGAGAUCAAGUCUAGUGAUCACUACUAAACUUUACUGGGGAGGAAAAGCAGAAACAGAAAGAGGUCUCUCAAGGAAGCACAUUAUUGAAGGUCUGAGAGGGUCUUUACAGAGGUUACAGUUAGAAUAUGUGGACGUCGUCUUUGCUAAUCGGCCCGAUAACAACACUCCUAUGGAAGAGAUUGUGAGGGCAAUGACUCAUGCUAUAAACCAGGGAAUGGCCAUGUACUGGGGGACAUCACGCUGGACCGCCAUGGAGAUUAUGGAGGCGUACUCUGUGGCGAGGCAGUUUAACCUAAUCCCUCCCGUAUGUGAGCAGGCUGAGUAUCAUUUCUUCCAAAGAGACAAAGUGGAAGUGCAGCUGCCUGAGCUGUAUCAUAAAAUAGGUGUGGGUGUGGUGUCCUGGUCUCCUCUGGCCUGUGGAAUGAUCACAGGAAAGUAUGAGAAUGGUGUCCCAGAAUCCUCCAGGGCAGCAAUGAAGUCAUACCAGUGGCUAAAGGAUAAGAUAGUGAGUGAGGACGGAAGGAAACAGCAGGCUAAGCUGAAGGAGCUAAGUCACAUUGCAGAAAAGCUUAGCUGUACACUACCACAACUUGCUGUGGCUUGGUGCUUACGGAAUGAGGGAGUGAGUUCAGUUCUGCUGGGGAGCUCCAACCCUGCACAACUCACAGAAAACCUAGGUGCAAUACAGGUGCUUCCAAAGAUUACACCUAACAUUGCCUCAGAGAUUGACAAAAUUCUGGGUAACAAACCCCACAGUAAGAAAGACUAUCACCACUGAGGGAUUCUGGGACUGAAACGGAUGUGUGUCAUUCCUGACCUGUCAGUAUGUCUCUCACCUGCUAUGUGGCAUUACUGUAGACCAUUGCUGUUAUAUUAAUAUAAUGGCAGUAUAUUCUGCCCGUGUGUCUUGAGUCAGUCAACAGAGCCAUGCAUGCUUAAGUGUGUGUCAGUGUGACUGAAGAUCUCUGUGAGAAAAACACCUCACAGUAAUAGUCCAUAUUCUAAAGAUGUCGUUCUGUCUAACAUGCAUAAUAAGAAACAUUUAACAGUUGGUCAUCCUCUAUUGUCUCUUUGAUUACUUUGGACAUUAGAGGACAAGUCUGUUUGAAUCAUCGUGCCUGAGGAUAAAAUGUUAGGCUUUAACAUUUAAUUAAAUGUAUUUUGAUAAGAAACAAUGCAGAUACAGUGGAUAACGAUGCCUGCAGGAUUACACUGUGUGAUCAUGAUUGACUGUGCAAGCUGGAACAGCAUAGAACAGCACUGAUGGACAAAUACUGUGCUUUCCAAACUGUGCGACAUUUUCCCCAUAAAGUCAAAAUUCCUUUGUCAUAUCAGUGUAUGCCUGCUGCCUAUUCACAGCUGUGCUCUGUUUUACCAUAGAUGGAUAUGUAUCUAUUCCAGAGAAUCUGCUAAUUCUGCUGCUGGAUUUGCAAUUUAAAUUCUGACAGUGUUUUAUUUAAUGGCUUUGUUUGCAAAUGGAAUUGGUCAUGCUGGUGUAUUUGUCUGUGUUUAAGCUGAACCUGCAGAUUUCAGAUUUGGAGAGAGAUUGUAGUAUGAUACAUAGCAUAAUACAAUUUAUUUAAACCUGACUGUUCCAAUGAAAUGGUCAAAGUGUUUACAGAUUUGUGAUAUAGGUUGUAAAGUACUUUACUGUUCAGUUUGCUUUUAGAAAUGAAAUAAAACAGCUCCUCUACAAAC